AUGGAAACUCCCGAGUUUUUGGAAGAGAAAAGAGAUGAUGUGUUUUUUCUUACACGGCGAGACAAUGGGGACAGAAUUGAAAGAAAAAUACGAAGAAACCAAAUUUCGUUGGAGAGGCUUGCGAUAAUGUUUGAUGUAGGUAUUGAAAUAUAAAUGAUACAAUAUUUUAUCUGGUUUUGCAUACGCUUUCAGAUUUAUAAUAUUCCAUUUGGAAUUUAUGAAAGAGUUUUAACGUACACUAUAUAUUGAAACUCUAUAUUUCCAUAUCAAAUAAUGAAAUAAUAUAUUAACAAUAACAUUGACGAACUGAGAUUAACUUUUCAGAAUAUCAAUCCUUUAUUUAUUGGCAUAACAGAGACAUGGCUGGAAAGCUCUAUUGCGGAUUCGGAAAUCGAACUACCUGGAUUUUCCGUAAAUCGCCUUGAUCGGAAAGGAAACCGCAGGGGAGGAGGAGUCGCACUGUACUUAUCAAGUAACGUGAAAUACACCAGAAGAAAGGACUUAGAAGAAGAUUUUGAAGUAAUAUGGGUUGAAAUUAAACUGCAAAAAGCAAAGUUUUUAAUCGGAUGUGUAUAUCGGGCUCCAGAUGAAACUCUCCGGAUUUUCGAUUACCUUGACGAUGUUAUGAGAUAUGCGACAAGAAAUAAGCUAGAAGUCAUUAUUGUUGGUGAUCUUAAUUGUGAUUGUUUAAACGCAACUUUAAAACAAACAGAGAGGCUGUCAGAAUUUACAAUGGUCAACGAACUUGAACAGUUGAUAAAUGAACCUACCCGCGUUACGUCCACUACCAGUACUCUCAUUGAUGUCUUAAUCACUUCAACGCCUAAUUUGUUUAAGGACUCCGGAGUUAUGGAUAUAACAUUAAGUGACCAUUACCCUAUUUAUGGUGUUAUGCACGGUCCAGUAACCCAUUCCAAGAAACAUCGGAUAAUAACAACGCGUUCCUGGGAUGACAACAAAGUGAAUGCUUUUUUGGCUGAUCUGAAACACGCUCCGUGGAGCCUGGUUGAUUCUUUCGACAAUGUGGACAGUAUGUGUUCUGUAUGGGAAUCACUAAUGAAAUCCUUAAUUGACCAACAUUUCCCCUUAAAGCGAAAGCGUAUUCGAAGACAGACUCACCCAUGGCUUGAUAGCACUACACUCAAGCUCAUGAGAACACGUGAUCAAAUGCACAAAAAGGCAAAAAGAUCAGGACUGUCUCAGGACUGGAUCGAAUACAGACGCCUUCGUAACAAAGUAACCGAAAUAAACAGAAAGGCAAGAAAAGAUUACUUCAGAAACAAGCUUGAAGAAAAUCGUGGAAAGCCCAAAGCUUUCUGGGACACAUUACGUCUGAUCCUUCCAUCCAAGAAAAACUGCAAUGAAAUUGAAAGGUUAGUGGUUGAUGGUGAAGAGUUAAGUGACAAGCGUGACAUUGCUAAUUCUUUAAACGAAUAUUUUACAACAAUUGCAUCCUCGUUGUUAGCCAGUCACCAAUCCCACGAGUACCUAGCAGCUCCACAGCAGGAAAACGACCCGGUCAUUUCAAACAACACCUUUAAAUUUCGUGUCUUGAAUGAAGACGACGUUUUCAACGUCUUACAAACAAUGGAUAUAUCGAAAGCUACAGGAGCAGACAAUAUAUCGGCUAAAGUCUUGAAGACCGCUGCUCCGUAUAUCAGCAACGUUGUAUCUAAUAUAUUCAAUGCAUGCUAUCAGUACGGUCGCUUUCCAUCUUCGUGGAAAACGGCGAGAGUGACACCAUUGUUUAAAGGCGGGUCCAAGACUGAUCGUGACAACCGAAGGCCAAUUUCCGUUCUGCCCUGCAUAUCAAAGGCGCAAGAAAUGUUCGCCUGCCCUGCAUAUCAAAGGCGCAAGAAAUCUCGAUCUACAAGAAUUCGCAGCGGAGAAUAA